AUGUCCAAUAUCACUGAGGGAAUCCGCACUCGCCGAGACAAUAAGUUCAAACACCUGGGCUUGCCAGACCUGCCAGUGCAAGGACGGAAAGCAGAGGACGACAAAAUCCUUGAGGAAGCCCACCAAGCUCAAGAGCGGGCUGCAGUCGAGGGGCUGCAGCGGCUUGCUGCAAUGCAGAUGGAGAUGGAGGAGGCAGAGGAACAAGGCAUGGCGACUAAACCAAAGCUAGUCAAACCCCGUGCUCGCCCUGUCAAGAAAAAAGUAGUGCCUGCCAAACCAGCUGGUACCGGCGUCGAGGACCAAGAAGAAAGCAGCCAGGACACCAACAUUGAGGACGGAACAAAGAAGAAGAACCAGAGGGCCGUCAAAAUGUCUCUGAAGGACGCAAUCAACAAUGCACGAGGCUCACUCACAGGAAAGGUUGAGUUAAUUCAGAGGCCAUGUGUUGGCGACAAGAAAGGAAAGUCUUCUACCACGACGACCAACCCCAAGUUUUCAUUGAUAAAGCGCGUUGAUGGUUGGAUUUCUGAUAUUUCACCAGACGCAACCAAACUACUCAAAACUUCCAGCGCUUCUAAGACUCAUACCACUGCCUCAGCUUUGUCAUUGGCGCAUGGGCCACCAAGCAGUGCUUUAUCCAGUUCCUGUGCUACAUCAUUUUUGGCCAUAACUACCAAGUCCUCCAAAUCUAAGGCCCCCCCUGCUCUAGCUAAUGCAUCUGACGCUCCCAAGGCUCUUGUUGGCGGCUUUGAUGACAAGUCGGAUGAUUCUCAGGAACAUUUGGAUGCCUUCAUUCAAAAGAUGAAGGGGAAGCAGUCUUCACUUAGGAUUAUCUCAGAUGCAAUGCCUGAGGAUGUGCUGUCUUCAACAGAGGACUUACAGGAUAUUGAUACCGACACACCGAUGGACCUGGACGAUGCAUUGGUGGACCUGGAGGACAAUUUGUUUGAGGGCAAAGAUGCCAGGAUGUCCAAGGUGGUGGACAGUGACAGCAGCCUAAGCGAUGGAAUCUUGUUCUGUCGGAGUAAGAAGCGCAAGCUUGCAGACACCAAAUCCUCCACCCUUGUCUUGGAGAGUACCCCCUACGAGGAUACAUCAGAUGUUGAGGUUAUUGAUGUCCCUUCAGGCCCUGUCGCAAUGGCCAAUACAACAAAGACGGCUGUGCGUUUGACCUCUUCGACUGCUGUCGCCAUCUCCCAGUCGGCCACCACAAAGAUGCAACCACCUGCAAAGAAGUGGCCGAAGCAGUUCCUCCCAACACUUUACCUGUGGGCCAGGAGUCAAAAUAACCUCUGGCAAUUCUUAGACACUCCUCUGGUCGAGGCACUCCAAUCCAUUUAUGAUGUCGUGUAUUCAGAAGAAUCAGAUCUUGAUUACAAGGUGACUGCUCAAGGGUCUGUCUUUGGCGUUGCCACCCAACGUCUCGCAGAGUGGCGCAGCAAUUUUGGAUCAAUGAGACUGGCUAUUAUGAUGGAUUUUUUCACUAGGAAUGCUGACACUGAUCCAGAAACACUUGCUGACGCGCUUCUGGAGGACUUCGCUUUCAUUUAUGAGGACAUGGAAAACCUAGACCUGAUGCAAGCCUUCCGGUCUCCAUUCAUGUUGCAGCUCUUCGCAACCGCUCAUCUUCACGCCAUUCUCGGGCAUGUUGAAGUCCCCGCACUUAAAACAUAUGUGCUGUCCAUCGUCGGGAUGACUGGUGUUAUUGGCAUUUGUGCAGCUUCACUUGAGCGCGCCAUCAAACGUCUCCGUGUCAAUGCCAUUGACAUUGAUGUGGACACCCUAGAUCUGGGUCCUGCACAAAUGAAGCGCAAGCUGCGGACACUGAAGACCUUCAACAAGGCCACCGGCAAGGAUAGCACUACCGAGAAUGCCUUCUCCAUCAACAACUGGGGAUCAGUAACUGCGUCAUAUGUGGUUGCUAUCAAGGCGAAAGGAGACGACUACAUGAGGACCACAACAUUAACAGCUCAGAAAUUGCUGAAGAAAUCGGGCAAUGUCAGCCUCCAGAAGUACUUUCGCACUGAUGAUGACGGCUCAGAGGCCAUUGACAUCCGCGCCAUCCUGUGGUAA